AUGCAAGUCAAAGUGAGUAUUCUCUUAUUUUUCAAGUGUAGAUAGGCUCAAAGCGCUUUGCGGUCGAUGACAUACGAUACAUAGCCAUUCCAAACUUUGGGCCAUUAUUUUGAUGCACAAUAAUUUUUUUUUAGUUUCUCCUCCUUGUUCUUCUCUCUCUUUCAACCUGUUUUGUGGCAGCGCAGAAGGGUAUAUCCUUUCAGAAUUAUUAAUUUUUUUGUUGAUGCUUCAGAGGAACGAAAAUGGUGCAUUUUUUGCGCCGACUACGGCCGUGAAUGCGGCUAUUUCGGGCCGUUCUGCCAAUCCAUGUACGUUUGCACAAUGACACCGGUAAGUAUUCAGAAAAUGAGAUUCAAACUGAAACCAAUAUUUCAGAAAGGCAAACGGUGCGAACGGAGUGAAUUCAGCUAG